AUGAGCGAGGACGACAAGGAUGCUGCCGAGGAAGAGUUGGAGAGAGCUGUGUUUGGUGAUAGCAUGGGAUUCAGAGCUGGAUUGGCUAGUUUCGGGGCUGGUCUGGAUGAUGAGGACUCGGCCGAUGAAGGCGCUGCUGCUUCUGGCGACGAGCAAGCAUACGACAACCUCGCGGAUGCCGACUUGUUCUUCACCGACGUUGGCGCAUCUACUGAGCUGCAACCUGUCCCGGCUACUGAAGAGGAGGAAGAGGAAGAAGGAGCAGCAUGGCAGGACAGCGACGAUGAGAGGAUGGUUGUGUCAUUAGCCUCAGUCCCGCGACUGCGCAAGUUGAGGAGAACAGAGGCCGAGGAUGUCAUUUCAGGCAAGGACUACGUCCGCCGUCUGCGCAAACAUUAUGAAAUGCUCAACCCUGUACCAGACUGGGCUGUCGAAGCCGCCCAAAAAGGACCUAGAAAGAAGCGCAGACUCAGCUAUGACGAUCUCGAUGCCGAGUCGGAGGACGACAUGGACAUGGACGACGACGAGGAGGGCGAUAACGACGACAUCUCCGCCGAGCCGCUCAGCAAGCUGCUACAAGGAGGAGGACUUGUACGACGAACAGAAACCAAGAAGCGCAAGUUGCGACCCGAAGUGCUCGACAUUCAGCGCACAAAGGACAUUGGCAGCACGCAACCCUCGGCCAUCACCUCUCUGCAAUACCAUCCCGAGCUCCCUCUCCUCCUCUCUUCCGGCCCUUCGUCGACCCUCUACUUGCAUCACAUUGUCGCUUCUCCUCCGGCACCCGAAGCCAACCCUCUUCUCACCUCUCUGCACAUCCGCAAGACUCCUCUCACAACAACCGCCUUCCACCCCAACGAUCCUCGCAUCUUCCUCUCCGCCCGCCGCCGCUACUUCCACGUCUGGAACCUCGAGACUGGCAAAGUGGAAAAGAUUGCUCGUGUCUAUGGACACCAACACGAACAGCGCAGUAUGGAGCGUUUCAAGCUGUCUCCUGACGGUCGCAGCAUGGCUCUCAUCGGUAGUGCUCGCAAGGGCGGUGGUGUGAUCAACAUCCUCGACGCAUACACACUUCAGUGGGCCAGCCAAGUGCGCAUUGAAAGCAAUAAUGGUAUCGCCGAUUUCGCCUGGUGGCGCGACAGCCGCGGUAUGAGUAUCGCAGGCAAGAACGGAGAAGUCACCGAAUGGAACAUCGACGAGCAGCGUGCUGUAGCUCGCUGGCAAGACGAGGGUGCUGUUGGCACAACCACUAUUACCCUUGGAGGUGACAACGGCAAUGCUGGCUCGCCUAUUGGUAAAGAUCGCUGGGUGGCUGUUGGCAGUUCCAGCGGUGUCGUCAAUAUCUACGAUCGUCGCGCCUGGCUUGUUGCCUCCUCUGGCAACCCCUCUGCCUCGCCUAUCCCCAACGCGCCGAAACCUACCCGUGCGUUGGACAAUCUUACCACACCUAUCUCACACCUCACUUUCUCGCCGGAUGGUCAAAUGCUCGUCAUGGCUUCAAGGUGGAAGAAGGAUGCUCUCAGAAUUGUACAUCUGCCCACAUGCACAGUCUUCAAGAACUGGCCUACGAGUAACACUCCUUUGGGGCGUAUUACUGGAGUUGCUUUCGCACCGGGUAGUGAUGGACUUGCUGUCGCGAACGAGCAAGGUAAGAUUAGAUGCUGGGAGGUUAGAGCUUAA